AGUUUUCAUGUUUGAAAAUAUCGCAUAAUGGUUUCCUAAUUUAAAAAGUGUCUGCAGGUCAUGUGAUCGUUUUACAGUUACAAACUUAACUGUCAAUAAGCAUUUAAGCGACUCGGCGUCAUUUUCAGCAGAGUUAAUCUCUUUCAAAAAAUUCCUUUGACCAAUUUCAUCACCGAUAUUGAUCUGUCGGCCUCUGUGUCUGCGUUGUUUCGCAUCUACUUUCUUGCUAUGUCCAUACUUUCGGGAAGCCAUGAAGUGUGUAUAUUUAGUACGUAAAAGUCAAGUGAUGGAUACAGAUAGAUAUACCGACGCUAUUCUUAAACUUACUGGAUUUUACGUGGCAGACAUCCCAAGUAAAUUUCGAUUUGGAAAAAUGUGCAAAAAGUGCGAAUUUUCGAAAGCAACGCGAUACAUCAGUAAUUAAGAUUCAAUGCGUUGUUCACAACGGCAUCAAAUGUAUGAUGACGUAGCCCUCAAAACGUGAUCCACUAAUACACGUCAGCAUACUUGCAGCGUUUCGCAACACCUUUCUUAUAACCUGUAAGAUGACUGUCAUUGGAUUGUCACACAAAAUACUAAUAUAAACUGCUUUAAACACUGAAACUACGAAUAUCGUGUGUACGUUUGCAGACAAGAUGCAGAUAGGGACUUUUAAUUUCGUGCUUGGGCUGUCCGUGGGUCUGGUGUUUGCCUACAUGGGUAUCACCUACACAACAAGACCAGAGCAAAGGGGGUUGUCAGCCGGUGUGAUGCAUAUGGCCAUCUGGGAGGACGAGCCGAGGGUCGAGGUCCCAAGAGACUCGUUUCUUACUCAAGAGGAUCUUGAUAAGAUACAGAAAACCAUCCGUCCUGUACAAUUUCAGGACGCGCAUUCGCAUCAUUACGAUAACAGAGAGGCACAAAAACUGUACGAUAAAGUACGGGUUUUAUGCUGGGUAAUGACUAGUCCCAAGAAUCUACAGAAAAAAGCCGUACAUGUGCGUGCCACGUGGGCUCAGAGAUGUAACAAAAUUAUUUUUAUAAGUUCAGUGGCUAAUGACAGUUUUCCUACGGUGGGAAUUGAUGUUCCCGAGGGUCGCGAACAUUUGACUGGUAAAACUAUGAAAGCAUUCCAAUAUGUGUUCGACCACCAUUUCGAUGACGCUGAUUGGUUUAUAAAAACAGAUGAUGAUACAUACACUAUUUUAGAAAACUUACGUUAUUUCCUCUCGGACCAGAAUAAAGACUCGCCAAUUUAUUUCGGUCACCAUUUUAAGGUUAGUGUUAAACAAGGUUACUUGAGCGGAGGCGCGGGGUACAUAAUUAGCAAGGAGGCGUUAAGAAGAUUUGGUGCUCACGGAACGAACGCAUCCAUGUGCCGCCAAGAUGGUGGAUAUGAGGACGCGGAGUUUGGCAAUUGUAUGCAGAACUUGGGGGUUAAAGUCGGCAACUCCACUGACCGGUUCGGUCGGAGUCGAUUCCAUUGUUUUGACCCGGCUACACAUCUGAUGGGCGACUAUCCAAGAUGGUAUCAUCUAUUUGACGCGCACGGAGGACACAGUGGUCGGGAGAGCAUCUCCGACUAUGCAAUAAGCUUCCACUACGUCCCCCCGGCCAGGAUGUACGAACUGGAAUAUUUAACUUACCAUUUAAGACCGUACGGUAUUAAUUCCGGAAAUCAAGAUUUAAAUCAGAAGGUGACGUAACACCGGAAAUGACGUAGCAGUCAAAGUAAAAUAAUGUUUAGAAUAGACCUCACCAACUUGUUCAUCUGAAUUUUCCAAACAAUAAUGGCGAAAUAACAAUAAACUAUUUGUUUUGCAUUUAGCAAAAAGCAGAAGUGAGCGAGCGAAGAUCGAACACUUUUAUACUACCACUCACAUUUUAUUUACUUAUUAACUAAACAAUGAUAUUGUAAACAGUACAAGGAAAACAUCCGAGGGAAAGAAUGAUUACACUACAAGAUCAUUUUAUAAAAUUAUAAGUUUUGAAAUACAAAUGCUAUUUAAUAAAUGAACUAAU